AAAUUUCGAGAGAAGAGGCAUCUUCGGUUGUCUAGAUGUACCAGCCAUGUUUCUGCAGUGAUUAGUUCCGAGCUGUAUGAACAAUGCUCAAAAAUUUUACAAACGAUGAAAGCAUCCGACAUUCAGCAAGAACUGAGCGACCUCCUAACACAAUCCCACGUUCAACCUCCGCGACCGGGCCUUCCACCGCUCUCGUCCGAUGCGCUCAAACUGCGCGUCGAGGAAAUCCGAACCACAGAUGCCACAGAGUUCUACCUGAUUCAACUUCCUGAGCCAAGUCCGUCCCAGCCGUUUAGGCGAUCCGGUCUUAUUCUGCGGCAGCACCUCGUGGACGGCGAGAUCAAAAACCUGUUUGUUGCUGGUGUUGAACGUGGAAGUCCUGCCGACAGAGCAUACAACAUUAAAUGCGGCGAUCAGCUUCUGGCUAUCGUCGGAUUUCCUCUUGACUGGCGAACAUUGACUCAACUCCGUUACGGUCUACUCACCUCGCCGGAGGUGCAGACGCUCAAAUCAAACGCCAAUUUGUUUGAACUGGCGGAACAUUUGCUCGAUGAACCGUAUCGGAGAAGCGUCCGUAACAACGGCAGUGUGAGCAGUGAGCAGAUAAAGGCACCUAGUCUGAUAGUGGCACGCAAUCCACGAUUGGCGAAACAGAGAGAGAGCCAAGCGGAAGAUAUCAAACGCAAGCAGUCAAAUGAAGGACCACAGCUAUUCCACGAAACCGUAUUGCAAGUUGAUCCGAACUCUCCUAAUUUGGGGAUCCAGCUUGGCUUUGAUAAAAGUCACAAUGCCAUACACGUUAUCUCCAUCCAACCGCACAGUCAAGCUGGUCUAGACGGAAUUCUCAAAGAUGGGGAUCGUGUCGUAGAAGUUAACUAUCAAGAUAUCCAACAGCUACCAGCCCCGGAAGCUCUGAAGCGCAUCAAAGCCAUGUGUCACAAAGCCAACUUCGUCCACAUCAAAGUUCUUCGGCCAAUUAUCACCAGGGAAAACUCGACUUCCAGUUCAAUUGCUGGCAAGUUACAUCCUAUUUAUGAAGCUCGACUGCUCUUGUCCGGGCUUAAUUUUGUUGUCAUAUUCAUCGGGUACCGAUAUUCUUCAAUUUGGUCAGCUGCACGAAGGAUAGAAAAGAGCGAACUACAGGAAUCUGUGGAGGGUCCUGAAUCGCCUGCGGACACCAGACGUUCUUUUCGGCCAGAGAGGUCAGACUCCACAGUGACAGCCGUUGCCGUACCCGCCGCUGAGGAAGAUGACUUGACCGAAGACCACUGGAAUCGUCGUACGGCCUACUGGAAAAGUCUAUUCCCAGAGUCUACGAAAAUCUUGAUUGUCGAGUAUGAUACUGAAGACUCGGUUUGCGGUCUGGGGCUGGGAAUUGAGGGGACCAUGGAAAAAGACACGGAACAUGAUCUUCCUCGCCCACACCACUAUGUAAUCGAUGUUUUGCCCGACAGUCCUGUGGAACUUCGCGAGAACGUGAAGCCGGGGGAUGAACUCUUGGAGGUCAACAAAAUCAUUCUGUAUGAAAUGGAUCAUCUGGAGGUCGCUAAGGUGCUACACGAAAUUCCUAGUCAUGGAUACCUUAUUUUCGGUCGUCAUGACAUCACCAAUGUUGACAUAUUAAGUCCAAUUCAUCCUCGUCAACAUGUGAAUAUCGUUCGUGAAUCUGAGGAGACACUCAAAUUGAGGGCUUCCACACCUGAAGAAACUACAGAAGCCCUGGAUUCGUCCACAUAUAGCGAUGGAUCUGACAUAGUCUGCCCGCAACCGAACGAUACGGGAUCCCGAAGUUCCAGUUCGGACGCCACCUCUGACAUCGAUACAUGUUCUCCAAUGGACAAGGUGAUCUUUUUCAAGGCCAGAGGGCUGCAUGAAGCAGUUCAGUCGAGGGAAACAAAAAGUGUGGUUCUGGACGAUGUUGACGAAGUAUUGGAACUACCACAACGUCACCAGAACAUCUAUCGCGAAAGACGAGAACUGCCAGUCCACAUUGAGCUCAAAGAACGACCCCAGUCUGCAGUUGUAUCAAACGUUCCUUUGGAUCCCGAUGGCUGUUUAUUUUCCCGUCUUCCGAUGCCUGCCCGCGUCGCAUCCAUUCAGUCACCUCCCCCUUCUGUUUCUCAGCUUCCUUUGCGUCCACGUGACUUCGCAUUUACCAGAAGGAGGGUAAAAAGUCAGGUGACUGACGACCUACCACCGCCAGAAGUGAAGUUUCACAACGAUGAGCAGUGCUUUUCUGUGCACAUCUUCAAACAAUGUGGGGAAUUUUUGGGCUUGGAACUGGACGCAGAGAACGGUGGCCCCAAAGGCAUUCGUUUGAUGAGUAUAACCCCCGGUAGCGCACUUCAUCGGGUUAUAGAAAAGCAGCGACAGCCGGGAUCGUGCUAUCGAGUGACUUCGAUGGUCGAACCACGUGUGUCCUCAAGACUGCCUUUACCAGAGCCGGGUGACUGGAUUGUAGGUGUUGCUGGCUGCAACUUUAGACAUCGUUCCGAAUUCCAAGCACGCCUAUUGCUGCGUCGACUGGUUUUGGAAUCGGGCAGUUUCGAGAUUCGUUACAUACCCUCGGAACCCUCUGCUCCACUGUGCAAACAGGCAUGGAAUGGUGUACACUCCGAGCCUGAUUUGAGUCGCGUUUCCGACCAAUAGCGUGCCACCAGACCGCCAUGAGUAGUGUUGCUGCAUUUAAUUAUCGCCGCUUGUACCCACCCUGUCCGCCUAUCGAUUAUCACCCGCGGAUGUCUUCCAACCAUCCACAAUUUUCCACACCUGCUCCUCUCGAUACACUCACUGCUCAUCGGCUUAAGGCUGCACAGGUAGGCGCUGAGGCAGCGGCACGCGCUCUCCAUCGCAGUAGCUCGUAUCGAUCGGAACAACGGCCAAAACUUGAGCACACUUUCGCAACCAUCAAAGUGGCCCCAAACGAGUCGCCUUCCUGUUUCUGCGUGUGUCCCUUGCACGGAACCCGAAGUCCCAACUAUCGUUUCGAGAAGGCGUCCCCCUUUUCACCACAUAAAUCCCAGUGCCUGCGGCUUCGAAACCAGUCCAGACAAUCCCAUUGUCUUGUUCCAAUUCGUUCACUAUAUCGUCCUUUUGAUUAUGCAACAAGAUGUGUACUUGUAUGCCGUCGUUCCCACCGUGUGCUUGUUUUCAAACACGUUCUAUUUGUUGCACGCUUUCCAAGGGGGUUUCAAGACAAUCUAUGUACUAGUCUUCUCUAUCUGAUUAAUUUUUAAUAAAAAUUGUUUCUAGUUCCUACCCGUUUCCCUGUUCCAAGGUUUCGUGUUUGUUAUUUCGUGUUCAUUAGCUAUUCUCGU